UGGGUAGGAGAGAGAAGAGGAGACCAGGACAGCCGCUGAGACCUCUGAGACGCUCAGAUACCAGGAGACAAGAUGUUUCAAACUGGGGGCCUCGUUGUGUUCUGUGGGCUGUUGGCCCAGACUGCAGCCCAGCUUACAGGCCUGCCCUUGCCCCUGAACCAGGCCCUGCCCUUGGCUGUAACUCCAGCCCUGCCCUCAAGUCCCACAGAUCUCGCUGGGAGCUUGACAGGUGCUCUCAGCAGUAGCCUGCUUUCUGGGGGUCUGUUGGACAUUCUGGAAAACCUUCCACUCUUGGACAUCGUGAAGACAGCAGGAGGCACUUCCAAUGGCCUGCUUGGGGGCCUGCUUGGAAAAGUGACUUCAGUGAUCCCUGGCCUGAACAACCUCAUUGACAUAAAGGUCACCAAUCCCCAGCUGCUGGAACUUGGCCUUGUGCAGAGCCCUGAUGGUCAUCGUCUCUAUGUCACCAUCCCUCUGGGCAUGGACCUCAAUGUGAAUACGCAGCUGGUUGGAAGUCUGUUGAAGCUGGCUGUGAAGCUCAACAUCACUGCAGAAAUCUUAGCUGUGAAAGAUGAGCAGAAGAAAAUUCACCUGGUCCUUGGUGACUGCACCCACUCCCCUGGCAGCCUACGAGUCUCCGUGCUUGAUGGACUCAACCCCCUCCCCAUUCAAAGCCUUCUCGACAGCCUCACGGGGAUCUUCAAUAAAGUCCUUCCUGAGUUGGUGCAGGGCAAGGUGUGCCCUCUGGUCAAUGGGGUUCUCAGCCGCUUGGAUGUCACCCUGGUGCAUGACAUUGCCGGUAAAUAUUCUAAUCCACGGACUAGAAUUUGUCAUCAAGGUCUAAGCUUUCCAGGAAGGGACCUGGCCUCUGCUGAGCUGCUUCCCAGAGCUCACAGAAGCCUGGUCCAUGUGCCAAAAAAUGCAUGGCUGCCUUCUAUCCAAGGAACCUACUCCCCCUGCUUUCCCACUAGGCAUGUGUAACACCCCAUGUUCCUUAACAAAUAAAAUGGCUCUUCU